UUGAUCGCUUCCCUUGAGGAAAAGAAGUGUCAAAAAAUUACUCUCCUCUCAUUUUUCCAGAGGCUGGAAGUUGAGAACAUUUUUGACUUCUUCCGUAAACAGGCCAAAAAUAAGUGUCCCAACCUCGAACGGCUGAACCAGCAAGGAUAGGCAGACUGUAUAUGACCUAACUAAAGGUUAACAACCUCGCAGACACAAAGAGGAAAUCUCACAAUAUGGAUGAUUGAAAGUGACAUAUAAGCAAGAAGAUGAGAGGCCGUGGCCGUGGACGGGCUAGAGGAACUCGUGGAAGAAGAGGAGGAAUGACAAGAGGAAGGGCGAAAAAGAACGUUAAAGUAAUAGAAAGUGAUGAAGAUGAGGUUCAAGCAGAGCUGAUGGUUGAAACCCAUGAUGAAAAUUUUCCUCCUAAGAUUGAUAUGGAAGCUGAUAUCUCUCAGUUGGAAGCACCAACAUUCACUACGCUCAACCGGGGCCCUCCUGAACCUAUGCUGCGCCUGAGAUGGGAUCACCGGGUGUCUCUGAUUGGCGAAAAAGUUCUAAACCCAAUGAUUCAUUGCUGUGAUAAGUGUUCGAAACCGAUCCUCAGUUAUGGAAGAAUGAUUCCAUGCAAACAUGUAUUCUGUCUCUCUUGUGGAAGAGAAGAGGAAAAAGUAUGCCCAAGGUGUUUAGAACCUGUUACUCGGGUGGAGCAAACGGGUUUAGGCACAGUUUUUAUGUGUACGCAUGGAGGGACUCGUUAUGGUAAUAGCGGAUGUAGAAGGACGUAUUUAUCACAAAGAGAUCUUCAGGCACACAUAAAUCAUCGGCAUGCAGUCGGUGAAGACCCAGGGACGUCUAAAGUUUCCCCGUUGGUUCCUACCCAACUACCGUCUAGGAAAAUCCCUCAAGCUACUUCUCAGAAUGACCCUAGGAGCGAGCAAAGUCCAAUGCAGUAUAGGAAUCAACCCAGAUCGAAUCUCAUAACAGUGCCGAUUCAGCAGGAACAGCCACUUCAAACGAUAAAUCACUACCACCCUACAACAGUGCCAAAUCCUGCUGCAGCAUCCGCUGCACCUCCACCUCCGCCACCUCCAAACGGAAAUGCUGCUGGAGCUUAUGGUGCUGGUGGCUACGUACCUUCUACUUAUACCGCCACAGCCCCUGGCUAUUAUCCCACAGCUCCACCACAAUAUCCACCUCAAACUGGAUACACUGACCAGACCCAGUAUUGGACUACACACCCACCUCCCACACAUCCACCCACCAUCCAUGGGUUUUAUAGAUGAAGGACUAAAUUUAUUGAAAAAUCUUUAACAACUAGACGGAUUAUUUUGUUUUUAAACUAUGUUUAAGCAUACUUUUUCUCAAUCGAUUUUACACACAUUGUGCAAUCUUGAAAAUUGAUUACAUCAUUUUACGUUUAUUUAAAUAUACAACAUGAUGCUAUAUUUU